GGAUUGAAUCCUUACGAAACGAAUGGGAAACUGUACACAUUGGCUGGACAGGACAGAUUUACAAACAAGUGACAGCAGAGGAAGAUAUGACGACGACAACAACAACAACAACAACUACUACGACGUCGACGACAACGACCAAGACGAACCUUGUUCGAACUUUACCCGACGACGAUAAAACGGUUUUAACGGAACAACUGAGACAACAACACGCUUGUAUCCCUUUGUUUUUAGACAGUGGAAGUGUCGCAGGGCAUUAUGACGGUUACUGUAAAACAAUGUUGUGGCCAUUGUUCCAUUAUCUCUUAUGGAACGAUGCUACGGAUGGUCGUCUCGAACGCACGCAGUGGGAGGGCUAUGCAGCUGUCAACCAAAAGUACGCCGAUCUUGUUGUACAACAUUAUCGGGACGGCGAUAUCAUCUGGGUCCAUGACUACCAUUUGCUGCUAGUUCCAGCCCUCGUUCGCGAAAAGCUGCCAAAAGCACGGAUAGGUCUUUUUGUCCAUGCACCAUUCCCUAGCUCUGAAAUCUUUCGGUGCUUGCCAAAAAGACAAGAAAUCCUAAAAGGUAUGCUGGGUGCCAACCUGGUUGGAUUUCAGACAUACUCGUAUUCGCGUCACUUUAUUUCGACUUGCACUCGUGUGUUUGGUUUUGAAUCGACACCCGAAGGCAUUGACGGAGGUGGUCAUUUCUGUCACGUCGGCACGUUUCCCAUUGGUAUUGACGUCGAUCGAGUCGAUCAAAUGCGAAGCGACCCGUCUGUCCUAGCCAAGGUCAAGGCUAUCGCUAGCAUGUACACUGGGAAAAAGAUCAUCGUCGGACGUGACAAGCUGGACCUUGUCAAAGGUGUUAUUCAAAAACUAGCAGCGUUUGAAAAGUUCCUGAUGGAUUAUCCCGAAUGGCGCGAUAAGGUCGUGCUUAUCCAAGUGACAGACGGCAACACAUCCGAAACAGCCAAACUGGAAAACAAAGUAUCGGAUAUCGUGGCUCACAUCAACGGCACCUACGGCUCGCUAGAAUUCACUCCGGUCCACCACUAUCAUCACCAUGUUCAAACAGAUGAAUUGUACGCCUUACUAUCCAUCGCUGAUGCUGCGCUGAUCACUGCUGUGCGCGAUGGCAUGAAUACGACCAGCUUAGAGUAUAUCAUGUGUCAGCAGGGAAAGCACGGACCAUUGAUUUUGUCCGAAUUUACAGGCACAGCAGGGUCCAUGAGCUCCGCCCUGAUGGUGAACCCAUGGGAUUAUGCGGGUUUGGCAAAGGCGAUCAAUGAUGCUCUAUUAAUGUCCGCUGAAGAGAAAGUUUCUCGUCACUUGCAACUGCUUGACCAUGUAAAAUCGCACACUGCGUCCUUUUGGGCACAUUCAUUCAUCAAAGUUCUUGUCCAAUCGAUCGCAAUUACGGAACAAUCGAGCUAUACCCCACUCUUGCGGCCAGACUAUGCAGCAACUAAAUAUCGACAAUCCAAGCGACGAUUAUUAUGCUUUGACUAUGAUGGCACACUGGCACCCAUCUGUAAAAUACCAUCACAAGCAGUACCACCACCAGACAUGCUGGAAGCUUUAGAAAAACUCUGCGCCGAUCCCCAAAACGACGUGUGGGUGAUAUCAGGACGAGACGAAGCAGCAUUAGACAGAUGGCUGGGCCACAUUGCGGGCAUUGGUCUGAGCGCAGAGCACGGUUGUUUCAUGAAAUAUCCACACAGUAAAAAAUGGAUCAAUCUGACAGAACACCUCGACAUGGGAUGGAAGCACGAUGUGAUAGAUAUCUUUACCUACUACACAGAACGAACGUCUGGUUCUUUCAUUGAACACAAACGAUGCUCCAUCACUUGGCACUAUCGAUUGGCCGAUCCCGAUUAUGGCGCGUUCCAGGCUAAAGAAUGUCAAAACCAUCUUGAAAAUGCGAUUCUUUCGAAAUUGCCAGUGGAAGUGUUGGUGGGCAAAAAGAACCUCGAAGUCCGACCGACAUUGAUCAACAAGGGAGAAAUCGUGAAUCGGUUACUGAGUAGCAGUAGUAGUAGUGGUGGUGGUGGUGGUGGUAGCGCUACUGAUACUGUGACCUCUGCAAAUCAUGAUGGUGACCAGUCGUACGACUUUGUCAUGUGCUGUGGCGAUGAUAAAACGGACGAAGACAUGUUCAAACAGCUCAGAAAGACGACCCUUUUGUCGGAUGAGCAGAUCUUUUCAGUGAUGGUGAGCGCAGCCGAAGACAAAAAGACACGGGCCCUUUGGCGAGUGCAAAAUGUACAAGAGAUCAUCAAUACCAUGGCAUGUAUGGCUGCUUCUACAACCCAUGCUACCGCUAGUACGAAUACCGAUGCUCAAGGAUGAAAGCAUUGGUUGUUCUUCUUCUUAUUAGAAACUAAAUAGUAUUAAAGUACUUGCACACUGUAGAUUUCCCCAACAUUUUGUAUAUUUCUUGCUUAAAUUUAUACUCUAUUUUUACUGUUUUCUACUAUUGUGAUGCGGAUGGAUGUGGAUAGAUGAACAACGACAGACACCAACUCAAAACAAAGGAAAAUGUUCCCGAAAACGUCGUAUAAUACCCGGAGAAAUUUUAUUCUUCUUGCAUUGCAAUUGCAACCGCGGUGUCGAAUGCAAAGCAAAGUAAAAGAAUGUCUUGGUUCUUGCUAUUUUAACGUCCUUUUGCAUGAUAAGCAAACAUGGAUCUGCGAUUUGAGCAAAAUGCAACGGCUAGCGGAUGCCUCUUUUUUUUUUUGUUUUCUGCGGUU